UUAUGUUCUUGAAAAAAGUGAUUUAUUUCCAAAUUCCAGAUUAAGAAAACGCAGGAGUCAAAGGUGACUAGGUAUAUUAGUCUUCCACAUUUACGUUCAGUAUUAAAGUUCAGAAAGGUGAUUUUCUUGUAGCAUACUAAUUUAAAAUGGGAAAGGUUAGAAAGUUGAAGCUGAACCUAUCAAAAAAUUAUGCGACACCAUCAGCAACCUCAACAGAAUCCAAACCUAACAAAAUUCCAACAGAAUCGAAAUUAUCCAACAAAACCCCAAAAGCAGACCCCGAAGAAGAUCCAUUUUUAGCUUUGAAACUGAAUUUGGAUGAUCUCAUCCAAACAGAUGAAAAAUCUCAAUCAGAAGAUACAAAAGGUACCAUGACCUUUAAAUCACUCAAAUCAAAAAUAUCGGGCAAUAGAGUGAUGAAGAGAAAGGAGAAGCUCAAUUUGAAACGUAAACUGUUGAUGAAAAAGAUCGAUUUGAUAGACCAAAUGAAGAAAGAACUGAAAGUUAGAAAUAAAAGGAAACAGACUGCAAUCAUGGGAGACACAAACCCCUUGCGUGAUGCACUUCCUUCCCUCGAGUCUUUGCUCAAGACCAGGCCAAACAUCAAAAACACCCCUGCAGCAAAAACGAAAAAAGCCAAAUCAACUGAAAAAGCAAAGGACAGAAAAAAGAAAAUUUUAGAGGACAUCAACUUUUUCAAGAGGGCCUUGAGAGAUAAGACUUUCAAAAGUGAUCCCUUCAAUACAAUAUCAAACCACAUCAAAGCAGUUGUGGAAAUGGAAAGACAGACACUACAGAAGUGACUUUUGGUUUCAACAUUUAUUUUGAGUAUCAGGAAAAAUGGGUAACUCCAGAUUUAUAUUAUCUAUCAGUCAAAAAACACUUUUUAGUCGGAAGACUUUUUCCUUAUUGACAAAGCAUUGAACAAUCCAGAUGAACUGAAAAUAAAAUAGAAAAAUCUAAUAUAGAUAUUAGGAAAAUUCUAAUAACUAUAUUUGAUAGUUGAUGUAUUGUUUUUCUGUUCAUUCUUCUAGUGUUUUUGAUGAGUUUUGUAAAUUCAUGUAUAUAAUUUACUCUAGGAACAUAUAUGAAUAGUACCAAUGUACAUUUGACUAGUUAUGCUAUGAUAUGAAAUGUUAUUUAUAUAUUGACAGGAACAUUUUUGUUCUUUGAGUUUGUUAAAAAUAAAGAAUUGUCUGUAUUGUAAUUACAA